CACUUCACACUUCACAGCCACCCAAAUUCGGUCGGCAGCUCCGUCACUGCCCCAACUGUCCUUUUCCACAUCUCUGCGUACCUGCUAUUUAGACAGGAAGUAUGUCCGGAAUAGGCAAAGGAAAAUGAGCCUUGAAGUGGCAAUGGCGGUGAGACCGAGAAGCACAGGUAUCCCUCCUUGUUCUUCUUCCGUGCUAUCGUUAGCAUCGGCCAGAGUUCGUACGGGGUACAAGUUCAACAAGAAUUCAUCGGCGAAUAGAAUUCCGUUUCUGAAAGCAAUUCGAAGUUCUCAAGCACAAGCAUCAGCAUCCACUGUUUCUCUUAAACAGCGACGGCCUCAGAACGUAGACGGAGAGUUUUUUGUUGACCACACAUGCAUAGACUGCGAUACUUGUCGAUGGAUGGCUCCGCAAAUUUUCACACGAGUUGAUGAAAUGUCUGCUGUUGUUAAACAACCAACAUGUGAAGAGGAACGACUAAAAGCUCUACAGGCCUUGAUUUCAUGUCCAACAAGCUCAAUCCGUACAGAGAAACCUCCUUCUGAUAUUCUAAAUGUGCAGAAAACAUUUCCACUUCCAAUAGAUGAGCAGAGAGUUCCAGGUGUUUAUCACUGUGGUUAUCACUCUGAGAAAUCAUAUGGGGCAGCUUCUUAUUUGAUUGUUCAUCCUGAAGGAAAUAUACUUAUAGACAGCCCGAGAUUCACAGAGAGACUUGCAAGUAUAAUCGAGAAGCUGGGUGGGGCACGUUACAUGUUUCUGACCCACAAGGAUGACAUAGCAGAUCAUGAAAGGUGGUCAAAGCGGCUAAAGUGUGAUAGAAUUCUGCACUCUCUAGAGGUUCAAGAUUCUACUGCAAAUGUAGAGAUAAAGCUAGAGGGGAGUGGCCCCUGGAGCCUGUUCGAGGACAUCCAACUGAUACACACUCCAGGCCACACAGAUGGAUCAGUCUGCUUAUUUUAUCCAUCCCACGAUGUGUUGUUCACUGGGGACCAUCUGUUUAUGACAGAAUCUGGGCUAGCCAUUUCAGAGAAGUUCAACUUUUAUUCAGUUCCCAUACAAUUGAACAAUGUUCGGCUUCUGUUAGACUUGGACUUCAAGUGGGUGCUACCUGGUCAUGGAAGGAGAGUUGAAUUCAAAGAUUACCAGGAGAAAAAUUCAACUCUGGAGGCCUUCCUGCAGCAGAAGUCCAGUCAGUUAUAAGUUGGAGAGGUGUACGCAUAACGCACUUUAUAAGUUGGAAGUUUCCAAUCGGUUUGGUUGUAUAUGGGAUUGUAUACUGUAGACUUAUUAUGUAUUUGCCCAAACACUCCCUGAAAUAAGAACUGGACAUGCUUUUGUUUAUGGCCACGAUGGCUGAAGUGAAUUCAAGGUAUAAAACCAACCAUAUCUGUA